GUGGAACUCGUUCAGAGACUAACUCUCAAACUCUGAACACACUCAUCUGACUUUUCAUCUGACAUCAGACCAACCUACAGCAUAUCUGUAGUAUAUCUGUAGUGUAUCUAUAGUAUAUCUGUAGUAUAUCUGUAGUAUAUCUGUAGUAUAUCUGUAGUAUAUCGGUGUGGGAACCUGAGUGGACAGCAGCCUGUUUCUAUGUGAUGGAUCUGCUUAACUCCACCCGCCUCCUCUCCACCAACCAAUCAGACCUGGGCAGCACCUUCACGCGGCAGGUGCUGCCACCGCUCUACCUGCUCAUCUGCGUGGUGGGCGUGUCCCUGAACGGCGUGGCCGCCUGGAUCUUCUUCAGAGUGCCGAGCGACUCGGGCCUCGUGGUCUACCUGAAGAACAUGAUGGUGGCCGACCUGCUGAUGCUCGCCACCUUCCCCUUCCGGCUAGCGGUGCAGCUGGGCAUCGGCGGCUGGCGCCUCCACGUGGUCAGCUGCCGCUACACCGCCGUGCUCUUCUACUCCUCCAUGUACGUGGGGAUCCUGUUCAUGGGGCUGAUCAGCCUCGAGCGCUACGUCAAGAUCGUGCGACACACGUCGCCUCCCGCUGCAGCGGCCACCUCGUCUUCCUGCAGGUCCAGGUUUGGCAGUGGAUCCUUGCUGCAUCACCUGCACAGCGUUGGCUUUGCCCGGGUGAUGGCGUUCCUCACCUGGAGCUUCCUCCUUCUCUGCGUCCUGCCCAACGUGGUGCUGACCAGCCGGCCGGCUACCGAGGAGAACGCACAGCACUGCAUGCAGCUGAAGACGCAGCUGGGCGUGCAGUGGCACCGCGUGUCUACCUUCCUGAGCGUGGGCCUGUUCUGGGUGACCCUGCUGGUCCUCGCCUACUGCUACACCUCCAUUGCCUGCCGCGUCUACCAGUCGUACCGCCGCGUGCGCCGCAGCAGCAACAACAACAGCAGCAGUAGCAGUUGCCGGAAGUCCAACCGCAGCAUCUUCAGCAUCCUGGCAGUCUUCUUCGUGUGCUUCGUGCCGUACCAUGUGUGCCGCGUGCCGUACACGCUGAGCCAGAUGCCGGCGUCGGGCUUCAGCUGGGACACGUGCUUCCUGCUGUUCCAGCUGAAGGAAGGGACGCUCUUCUUGUCGGCGCUCAACGUCUGCCUCGACCCCCUCAUCUACUUCCUGAUGUGCCGAACCUUCAGAGAGUCGCUGCUGAGGAAACUGUCAGGGAGAAAGCAGAGGAGGGGGUCGCUGACCACUGGACAGAGUCUGAGUCACAUUUAGAGAGGGAGGCAGGGGACAAGGAGAGGAGAUAAGGAGAGGGGACAAGGAGAGGACAAGAGAGGGGACCAAAGGAGAGGACAAGA